UGUCAUUUUCCUAGUUCUAAUUGGCGACAAGUCUUGGCCUAUUUUUUGUGCGCUGGGGUUUUUUUUAUUGACCCCCCUAAUAAAUCGAACUUCGGGCUGGACAAAAGAUUUAUUUAUUUUGUGUACCAAAUUCCUUAAAACCAUCCUCACGCCUCGUUUCCCUUUUUUCCUAGACGGUGACUCCGCCGUGCCGUUAGUUAAGACCCCGAUGGCGUCGUCCUCUCGGGCCUUGAGCAGGCUCACUAGCCCAGCUAGUAGACAAUUAUCUGUGCACGCUGCCAGAUCUGCCAGAUUUACCACGACGUCAUACCCGCGACAACAGCUAACCUCCGUUGUCGCAAGAACACGAACGAGAGCUAUUGUUGCUCCUCGGCUUGCCAGGUCCUAUGCUGACGCAGCUCCUCAACCUACCAAGAAACCGCGCAGAAUCCGGAAUACCAUUAAAUGGACAUGGCGCUUUGUUUAUCUGUCUAUGCUGGGUGUUGUUGGUGCCGUCAUUUACGAUGGUUACUUGGACCGUCACCCCGAAGAACAGUUUGUUCCUGAUCCCCAGAAGAAGACGUUGGUAAUUCUUGGUACUGGUUGGGGCUCCGUUGCUUUACUCAAGAAGCUCGACACUGCCAACUACAACGUUAUUGUUAUCUCACCGCGCAACUACUUCCUCUUCACACCUCUACUGCCGUCAUGCACCACCGGAAACAUCGAGCACCGCUCCAUCAUGGAACCCGUGCGCCAGAUCCUCCGUCGCAAACAGGCUGCUGUCAAAUUCUACGAAGCUGAGGCUACCCAUAUCGAUGUUGAAAAGAAGGUUGUUAAGAUCACCGACAACAGCGAGAUCAAAGGAAAAGUCCACCAGACCGAAGUUCCCUACGACAUGCUUGUUAUCGGUGUUGGUGCCGAAAACGCUACUUUCGGUAUUCCCGGAGUCCGCGAGCACAGCUGCUUCCUAAAGGAGAUUAAAGAUGCGCAGGCUAUCCGUACCAAGAUCAUGGAUUGUGUCGAGACUGCUGCUUUCAAGGAUCAGGAGCCAGAGGAGAUCGAUCGUCUUCUUCAUAUGGUAGUUGUAGGUGGUGGCCCUACCGGUGUUGAGUUCGCCGGAGAGCUGAGGGACUUCUUCGAUGAGGAUAUCAAGAAGCUUAUUCCCGACAUCGCUCCCCGAUUCAAGGUGACUCUUAUCGAGGCUCUGCCCAACGUCCUACCCAUGUUCAGUAAACAGCUCAUCGACUACACCGAGAGCACUUUUAAGGAGGAGGACAUCAAGAUCAUGACUAAGACUAUGGUUAAGAGGGUGACUGAUAAGACGGUCGAAGCUGAAGUUUCUAGUCCCGAUGGCAAGAAGUCAAUUGUUACGAUCCCCUACGGAUUACUGGUUUGGGCCACAGGUAACACUUUGCGCCCCUUGGUUAAAGACCUCUUGUCGCAGAUUCCUGCUCAGAAGGACUCGAGGCGCGGUCUCGCUGUUAACGAGUACCUCGUGGUCCAAGGAGCGAGAGAUAUCUGGGCCGUUGGCGACUGCGCCGUCGCAGGAUACGCACCAACUGCCCAAGUCGCUUCCCAAGAGGGUGCUUUCCUUGCCAAGCUGUUCAACAACAUGGCCAAGACCGAGUCUCUGGAACAGAAAGUCCGCGAUCUUAGCUCCGAGUUAAACCUCAAGCCUGGCGACACGGCGGCCGUAACGCAAGAAAUCGAGUCCCUCGAGAAGCAGCUACGUCGUAUCAAGGAUGUCAAACCCUUCCACUACUCGCACCAGGGCAGUUUGGCCUACAUCGGUAGCGAAAAGGCCGUCGCUGAUGUCGCGUGGCUGAACGGCAACGUUGCCAGCGGUGGAAAGCUCACCUAUCUCUUCUGGAGGAGCGCUUAUUUGAGCAUGUGCUUCAGCACGCGCAACCGCGCUCUCGUCGCUCUUGAUUGGGUCAAGGCCAAGAUCUACGGACGAGAUGUCUCCCGAGAGUAGACGGAUUUUAGUUGAUGAUACCUAAUCUCAUUGUGAACUACUCUCCCAACCUCGUUCUGAGCCCCUCCCCCCACCCCCCCUUUUUUUGGAUUGGAGAUGGCGAGAUCCA